CCACACACUCUCAACGAAGACAACCAGUCCCGGUAGCCACCCGGACCCGAGUCUCUGGAACAGCACAGAUCGACCUGGCCCGAGCCGUAAUUUACACCGGGAAACAACAACGUCCUCCCAGGGUGGUCGUACAACACUAUUUACGGCAUCAACAUCCCAGGCUCACCAACAACACAACCAUCUGUUGACUUGACGGCAUCCUACGUCUGUCACACACACACACACACACACACUCGUUGACAACUUACAGAACUCACCCACUCCACUUUUCCACUUGGAGUCGGAGCACCUACCCAAGGCAACCAUAGGAAAGAGACACAUCACGGGAACAAAAGAAGAGGAAAGAGCAAGUGAAAGAGGAAACCAGAAGGAAGGAACGAAGGCGACGCACACAAGACCCACGAGGUCGAACCCGUUCAAAAAAAAAAAAAAAAAAAAAAAAGCAACGAAGACGAUAAACAACACCACACAUCAUGGAGGCCCCCAACCCCGCGGAGAUGACGCACCUGUUCGGCACAAAAUACUUUGAGCCCAAGGGCAUAGUCAAGACGCACUUGAUUAUCAACGUCUGUUUGGUGGCAUUGACACUAGGAGUCAUUGGAAUGCGCAUGUUUGCUCGAUUCCUGUCUGGCGCCAAGCUGUGGUGGGACGACUGGCUCAUUCUUGCUGCCGUGCCUCAAGGUAUUGGAAUGCUCAUCAUCCAGGGCUGUUGGAUUGGAAUGGGUGUCGGCUAUCCCUUCACAGAAACCUACAUGAACCUGGUCCCUAUUCUCAAGCUGUUGGUCUCGUACGAACUCAUCUUUGCCACAUGCAUCAGCACCGUCAAGCUGUCCGUCAUGUUCUUCUACUUGCGCGUCUUCGUCAACGAUGGCCUGCGCACUGCGACCAAGAUUGCCAUGACCUUUGUCCUACUCUGGAGCACAGGCAACAUUCUCCAGGUCUUCUUGAUCUGCCGCCCCUUUAGGGCUGCCUACGACCCCAUGUCAGCUCCGGACGCCGUGUGCGGUAGUCAAAAGGCAUCCUUCAUUGCCAUUGGUGCCUUCAAUGUCGUCACCGACGUGGUUAUUCUGACGCUGCCUUUGCCUACCGUCUGGGGUUUGAAGAUGAGCUGGACUGCCAGAGCCGGUCUGACGGGCGUUUUCUUGAUCGGUUUGCUCACUUCCGUCGUCGCCAUCAUCCGUAUCGUCACCCUCGUUGGCCUCGAUAUGAAUAACCUCACUGGCACCAUGAUCUAUGCCGAUUUCUGGUCUACCGUUGAGCCUAAUCUGGCUAUUCUCUGCGUUAGCAUGCCCAUGUUGGGCUCUCUUUGGGCCCGCUGCACCACCCGUCGAGGAACCACCAAGCUGGGUCCCUCGAAUUCAGACGGCACGGCUACUUUUGGCGGCACCAAGAAUUCUGGCUUUAACAGGCUCAAGAAUAACAGCCACUUGGCCGAUGAGGACAACAUUGGCCUUGAGAACCUGUACGCCUCCAACAAGGAUGUCCACCACCAGUCCGCUGUUGCGGCUUCGGGAGAGAAGGAACAUCGCGGUCAUCACAACAGGCUGGGGAACCUCAGCAGGGAUGACGGGUCGGAGGUUGAGCUAACCGCCGAGCCGGGGUCUUUUAAGGAUCCUGGCGUUAUUACGGUUCAGACGAAGUGGACCAUUUCCGUUGACCAGAAUCACUAGUGUCGUUAUUCUCCUUCUCUUCUUUUUUUUUCUUUUUUUUUUUUUCGUGCUUUUCUGUUUCUCUUUCUCAGUUCUCAAAAGUCCUUGCUCUGUCCAUCUCUUCUUCCACGGACAUGGACACGGGCGUUGCCUU